GCGCGUUUUCCUCGCAUUGCCUCCGCGACCUCGUCGUCACAAUUCCCCCAUUUCCCGAUUCCUCUAAAACUUUCCCCAAUCCCCCCUCCCCGAUUCGGAGCACGCGCUAAUGGCGACGAAAUGCGCUGCCGCCGCGGUCAAUCUGGCCACCGGCCGCCCCCGCAAGCGCGCAAGGCUUGGCUGGGACGUGGCUCCGGCUGCCGAGGCUCAGAUAGGAACAUUUUGUGGGCAAGAAGUUGGUGAUGUGGCCAGACUGCUAUUGUCAGCAAAUCCUUCCGACCAUACUUGUUCGUCUCUGCUCCCGAAGGGUGUGGCUCGAAAUGCUUCCCCUCCUUGGAGAGAAGACGAUAAAGAUGGCCAUUACAUAUUUGCUGUUGGAGAGAAUUUGACCUCUCGCUACAAGAUAUACAAAAAAAUAGGUGAAGGUACUUUUGGUCAGGUACUAGAGUGUUGGGACCGAGAAAGAAAAGAGAUGGUGGCUAUUAAAAUUGUUCGUUCUGUAAAGAAGUACAGCGAUGCAGCAAUGAUAGAGAUUGAUGUCCUGCAGAAGCUUGCAAGAAAUGAUGCAGCAGGCAAACAUUGUGUCCAAAUACGGAACUGGUUUGACUAUCGUAGCCAUAUUUGUAUUGUCUGCGAGAAGCUUGGCCCAAGCCUAUACGAUUUUCUACGGAAAACUGGCUAUCGCCCAUUCCCAAUCGAUCUAGUACGCCAGAUUGGAGAGCAACUUUUGGAAUCUGUUGCAUUUAUGCAUCGCUUGCAGCUAAUUCAUACUGAUCUGAAACCAGAGAACAUUCUCCUUGUUUCUUCGGAUUAUGUCAAGUUACCUGAUCCCAAGGAUGGAUCAUUCUCAAGGAAACUGCCAAAAUCAAGUGCCAUCAAGUUGAUUGACUUUGGAAGCACGGCAUACCAUCACCAGGAUCGCAGCUAUAUUGUAUCUACUAGACACUAUCGAGCACCUGAAGUUAUUUUGGGACAUGGAUGGAGCUACCCAUGUGAUAUCUGGAGUAUUGGUUGUAUACUCAUUGAGCUUUGCUCGGGUGAGACGCUGUUCCAGACCCAUGAGAACUUGGAACAUCUCGCAAUGAUGGAGAGAGUUCUAGGUCCUCUUCCGCAGCACAUGCUGGAAAGAGCCGACCAACAUGCAGAAAAGUACAUCAGAAGGGGAAGAUUGAACUGGCCAGAAGGAGCAACAACAAGGGAGAGCAUUAGAGCUGUUCUCAAAUUGCCUCGCCUGCAGAACCUGGUGAUGCAGCAUGUGGAUCACUCUGCUGGGGAUCUCAUUGACCUGCUGAAGCGCCUUCUAGCAUAUGAGCCCUCAGCCAGGUUGACUGCUGAAGAAGCGUUGAGUCAUGGCUUCUUCACAAGACAUGGCAAUAGGCGGUCGCUAUGACAUCCCUGAUUCUGAAGAAGCGCGAGUCAUGUGGCUUCUUCAAAAGAUAUGGCAGCUAUGCCAUCUGCGAUUCCACUAUGCCAUGUUCAUCCGAUCAAAAAGGAAGGGCAAUCUAUGAGGAUUCAAAGGCAACAGAUACAACCGAUAAUUCAGAUGAUAUCUGAGCUAGUGCUGGUAGAAGUAGAAGCUUGUAUGUUGUGAUUGACUGAGAAAACAAAAUUGUAAAGCUCCCUUAACAAAAUUGUAAAGCUCCCUUAACAAAAUUGUAGCAAAAUCAUAGAGAGAUGCCGGAUUGAUAUACCGUAUACGUCUACUAGGAGCACAUGUUGUGUCUGAAUACUGCAGUGUGGAGUUGCAUACAAACCCGAGUUUGUUAAUCAGCUGUUACAAAUUGUUCGGCACAAUGCAAGUUACAAGUCGCAGGUGAAAUGAAUAUUUUUUUUGAAGAAAUUGAAAUGAAAUUUGUUUGUCGUU